ACGAUGUUUAAGAAGCAAGCGUCCAAGUACCUCAAGAGCCAAAGCGACGACUCGCACGACGCCUCGACGCACAAGGCAGGAAGCCGUAUCGAGGUGCACCACGGCCGCCGCAACCUCCAUACGCAGCAGCUCGAGGCCCGCGUCCGCCACCUCGAGAAGCUCAUCUUGAGCCAGGCCAAGAAGGGCGGCGCCGACGUCGAAGCCGGUUACGGCUCGGUGGGCCUUGCCGUGCAGGAGAACCCGGGCAUUGUCGCCGAGACUUUGCCGCUCAUCAGCAGCCCGUCGCGGCGUCUGGGCGAGAAGCCGAGCAUGGCGCACGCCUACUGGCACCUCCUCACGUCAAGCUACGUCAACGCGCUCCUCUUCCUCAUGCCAUUUGCGAUCUGGUCGUACGUGGCUCAGUGGGGAGACAUUCCCGUCUUUGUCCUUAACUUCCUCACGAUGAUGCCAUUGGCCAACAUCCUUGGCGAGUCCACGGAGGCGCUCGCGUACCACGCCGGCGACACGAUCGGCGGUCUCGUCAACGCGACCUUUGGCAACGCUGUCGAGGUCAUCAUUGCGAUCUUCGCACUCAAGAGCGGCGAGGUCGGGCUCGUCCAGUCGUCGCUCAUUGGUUCGAUGCUCUCCAACAUGCUUCUCGUGCUCGGCUCGUGCUUCAUGGCCGGUCACUUCGGCGGCGCGAAAGAGUCGAGCUUCAACGGCCAAGGCGCGUCCAUCAACAUGUCGCUGCUCUUUGUCUCGAGCUUCACGAUGCUCGUGCCGUCGUACUACCAGUACACCAAGGGCGUCGACACGACGGACGACGCGCGCGAGGUGUCGAUCCUUGGGCUCUCGCACAUCUCGGCGCUCUUCCUUAUCAUUAUGUACGUGCUGCUCAUGGUCUACCAGCUCGUGACGCACCGCGCGGAAGAGGAAGACAACAGCGAAGAGGAGGAGCCGGAGCUCUCGAUGACGGCGUCGAUCGUCUCGCUGCUCGUGGCGACGGUCACCGUCUCGAUCUUCUCCGAGUUCCUCGUCUCGUCCGUCGACGGCUUCACCGAGACGGCCAACAUCCCCAAGUCCUUUGUGGGCAUCAUCCUCCUCCCGAUUGUCGGCAACGCUGUCGAGCACGUGACAGCGGUCAAGGUCGCGCUCAAGAACAACAUGGAGCUGGCCAUGAGCGUUGCGAUCGGGUCCGCGACGCAGAUCUCGCUCUUCGUCGUGCCCGUCUGCGUCGUCGCCGGCUGGAUCAUGGGCUCGCCCAUGUCGCUGGCCUUUAACGCGUUUGAAGCCAUCACGUACGUCAUUGGCACCAUCAUCGUGUACGUCAUCGUCGCCGACGGCAAGUCCAACUGGCUCGAAGGCGCGAUGCUCAUCAUCCUCUACUGCUUGAUCGGUGUCGCGCUCCUCGAAAUCGACAUCAACUGA